CCGUGCAGACCUGACAUCGGUGCAAUCUGUCAUUCAAGUCAAAAGGAUAGAGAGGAGUGCUCUGUAGGAGGAAUUCACUUCUUGCAGCCUAGAUCCGCUCCGCCGAGGCUCCAGGCGCGUCCAUGCCGAUGAACUGCACGCAAAGCACGAAGCGUCUCCGUGCAUUUAGUUGUGCGAUCUCUUGCGCUGAGAGGACAAUGCCUUUGUGGACCGGAGUUUUUCUCCUGAUGGUGCUGAAUGCAUCUGCAUACGAACUGGAGCAAAACGAGUCCUAUUCCCCCAGGAGAGUGCGCUUCUCUGUCAACAGCCCUUCAGAUGUGGCACGCUGCCUCAACAGUGCCCUCCAAGUUGGCUGCGGAGCGUUCGCUUGCCUGGAAAACUCAACGUGUGACACAGAUGGCUUGCAUGACAUCUGCAAGUCCUUCCUGUACAGUGCUGCUAAAUUUGACACUCAGGGUAAAGCAUUUGUAAAGGAGAGCCUUAAGUGCAUUGCCGGUGGCAUCAUCUCUAAGGCAUUCUCCACCGUCCGCCGCUGCUCCACCUUCCAAAGAAUGAUAACCGAAGUCCAGGAGGAGUGCUACAGCAAGCUGGGCAUCUGCACCGUUGCCCAAGCCAAUCCAGAUGCUAUUGGUGAAGUUGCACAGCUGCCGAGUCAUUUCCCCAAUAGGUUUUAUGGUAAGUUGCUACAAAGCCUGAUGGGCUGCGACGAAGACACGGUUGACCGUAUUAGGACCAGCAUGGUGCCGCGGCUGGGCCCGGAGAUGACCAUGCUCAUACAGCUGCUGCAGAACAAGCCCUGCCCAUCCACUGACGGGGCAGCUGCUUCAGCCGCCCCGACUGGCGUGGAGACCCGCGCGAGCUGGCGCUGGUCCGUGGGUCCCAAUCUGUACAAGAUCCAGCCUAAUGUGCGAAACAGAGACUCCGCCAGCCAUUUAGGCAAAAAGCGCCCCGGCAGCGACGGGUCCUAACUUCUGGUCAUGUUAAGAAAACUCCACACAGUUCUCAAAACAUCACAUCAAUUCGGCUAUUCCCCAGCGGUGAUAAAAAUCUGUGUCUCUGCUAGUUUGGAAGUUACUGAAACAUGCACCUCUUGGGAAUGCCGGACCUCCCAUAGAGUUGAUAUCAGUUUGAUUGUUGUUAUAUUGUAUAUCCUACAUGUUAGGCUUGAGUGAACCCGUCUUUCAUUGACUGAUUUCCAAAUAUGUCCGCUCACAGUCUGUGUUGAACGUGUGGCUGACUAAAACAAGCUGUCAUUAUUCAAAAUUUGCUCAUGAAUAUAAGUCAGUAGUUUGAGUAACAUUGGUUGAAAAUAUUGGUAGAUGUAUGUUAUAUUUCUGCAACAAGACCAGUAAAAUGUGAGCAUGUGAUAUGAGUGUCAUAGCACUUAACAUAAUACUUAAAUGUACUGUAUACUAACUUAUAUGAGACAGCCAUAAUCUGCCCUCUAAAAGAGUGCUAAUAUGGACUAGGUCUGUAGAGGUUUCAUGAGAACCUUCGAGCGGUUACCUUAAAGUGACCAAAAACACCUAAAACUGCCCUGAAUGCUAUCCAUGGAAAUACCAAAAUAACAUUUAGCUAUAGCACAUAGAGUUUAGGUUUUAUUUUCUGAUUGCAGAAAAAGGAUUGUCCAGGUCGUGGCCAAGUCUAUCUAAUAUCUUAUAUCCAGACACUUGCAAUGCAUAAGACUGUUGAGUUACCUGCGGGACCAGCUUGGUUCUUUACUGACUGCGUAACAGCCGCGUAUGUGCAGUAGCUGAAUGACAUGUUCGCUAAAGAGAGUGAGAGCAGCCAUCCACUUGGACUGUGAUGACCGUCGUUCUCUGAGGUGAAUCAUGCGACACUGACUUCCUGUAUCAAGAUAGAGACUGACUAUUUAAAAAAAAAAAAAAGCCUUGAUGAUAUUUAUUUUCCUACUAUUUUAUUUAAUGUUUUUUCUUAUUAUUUUAUGCGUUAUUUUAGUUUUACGUAGUUUACAGGUAAAUAGCAGUUUAAUCAUGACUCCUAUUUGAACAUGAGCUCUAUGCCAAAAAAAAAAAAAUGGUGAAAUUAUCCUCUGGUGACUGAAUAGGACCCAUGUCAUGACUCUGUGCUGGCCAUAGGGGAACAAGGUUGGUCAUUCAGGUCAGGUGAUUUCAUUUAUGGGCGUUUCAAGAGGUCGCUUUGUAACAGAAGUUGAUGUUGGGGUUGCUAGAAGUCCACUUUUAGAGAACAUUGUGCACUUUAGUGAAGGUUGACCAAGUCAGUAAAACAAACACCAGUGUGAAGUAACCUUUUAACGACUGCCGCUAAUGCGUUGUAUUUGAUCCUUCAUACACUUGAUCUACUUUUUCAAAUUAAUUUACAUAGGCAGUGGUCGGCUACUAGGUCUGGUUACCCUUCCGUAGAGCCUGAAGGACAUAGCAACCUAGCACUGACUUUGAAUUUGGCAGCAAGGAAUGUCAUACUAUUAUCAUAAUGAUACAAUGGUGAUUGUUAGUUAUAGCACUUUUAAACAGCUGGACAUAACCCGAAAUUAUUCUUCACUUUCUCCUGUUUAUGUACAAGUUAGCCUUAGCAGCGCAGCACAGCUAACGACAGGAAGUUAGAAAAGUAACAGUUUAACACCCAUGAGCACGGCUGGACUGUUGGAACAUGUCUUUAAAAACAUGGCGUCACUUUUUAAUAGGUUCUUACAUUUCUUAGGCUGCGUUGAAACAGCAGGAAAAUGCGACCCAAAUCUGAUCUUUUUAGCCCAAAUGAGACUCAUAUUCUUCUUUUUUACGGUAGUGUGAAUGGCCCAAUUCCAAUUUUUUCAGCUCCCCAAAAAAAUCUGAUUUAUGCCAGUGCCAUAUGUAUACACACUAAUUUGGGUAUGUAUCGGAUACUUUAUCAAAGCGUCCGUAGUCUGGACGGUCAUGUCGCACUUCAUUCAAUUCUUAUGUGUCUAUCCUUGUUCUCAGUAGACAUCCACGCAGAUUUCUCUCCAGCAGUAGCAGUCAUAGCUGCACUGAAGACCAUUGUUAAUAGCUGAGUUGCUUUCUUCUUGUUUUGAUGUGGUCUUAACAUCAUCGGCUCCAAUUCCUCAACAACUUCAUGAUAACACAGAGAUGCAUCUUCUAGCAACGGUUAUAUUCGCCAUCACUUCCGUAAGCACUGCUCUGCUGUGUGACAUCCUCUGGUAUCUGUGCAUACGGGUCGCUUUGGGGUCUUGAACUAUUCAGACAGAUAUUUGAUGGUGGUCACAUUUAAUUAGCUGCAUGAAUGACCACCCAAAAAUAAUAAGAAUUAUUAAUGAUUUCAACAACAAACAAAUCAGAAUUGAGCAUCAAGACCUGCAGUGUGAACAUAGCCUUAACUUCCUCAGAUUUUCUUAAACACCUUAUUAAUACUAAAAAUAGCAAACAAUAACUUAUUUCCUCAAUCACAACAUCCACUCCAAAGAGUGUUUUUGACCAAUCAACUUGGUAGUGCUUAUGGUGCAUUCACUGAUUCGAUUUUUUUGAGUUUCUGAUCAAAAGCCAGUGCUGCUCAAGCUGAAAAUAGACCAGUUCCAAUCAUUAGACAACUUCUAGGUGCAUCUCCAACAUAGAGAUAAAACAAAUAAGUUCUGCUGUCGCCCGAUAAGUUAUUUGGAUUACUCUGAAACGACCCAUUGUACAUUUUUGCCACAAAAUGAAAGCUGCCAGUAGAUCUUAAAGCUAGAGUCUGCAAUUUUUCCAGAACUUCCCCCAAGUCCCAUUUUGAAUAAGAACGUCUUACCCUGCUCUUCCACUCUUUAGGAUGAUUGCGUGAAAAAAAUCUACGACUACGGCCUUCCUCUUUGUCUCAUAAACAUCAACACGGUUCGCUUCUUGUGACUCUCCGCCAUGUUGAAAGUAUACAGUAACAGUAGCAGUGCUACAAUGAAUGGCUAAUCGUUAAGUUAACCGCGAACCUAGCCGCUAAGCUAACCAAAUAUAUAAA